UCUAUUUUACACAUUUCCACUCCUAUUAAGCGUCUAAAAUUGGAAGUAGUUUGUGUCGGUUGAGGAUUUUAAUUUUGCAGUCUGCUUGAGCACAAGUAAGACCUUAUUUUCGAACACGUCUUUGACUGUGUGCGUGGAUGUGUGCGUCCGUGUUAUUUAAUGUCUGCCCCUUGUCGACAUGCCAACGGCGAAAAACAUGCCCGUGCUGCUGCUCCUCUGCACCUGCGUGGUUGAUGGCGCCGAGAAUCGCUCGGAGCAGGAGACAGAGUCCGCCAGUGUCGUGCUCAAGGAGGGAACAGACGCCUUGAUCGAGUGCAACGUGACGGGGGGCCACGGUGAUGUCAGAUGGUACGGUCCCGGCGGACGUCAGCUGGUCGAGGAACCAGGCGGGAAGUGGCUUAUCGAGGAAAAGGGGCAACUCAACAUCAGCGGUGUCUCCUUCGAGGACCGCGGGCGCUACAUGUGCGUAACAGACGGCGGCAACUACAGCGUAACCGUCCGCGUGGCCUAUACCCACAGCGGCCUGGGCGUCUACUUCGUGGGCGUUUGUCUUGUCGCCUUCUCCGUCACCAUGGUCCUCAAUGUGGCCCUGCUGGGCAUGGUCCGAAGCCACCUGAAGAAGACCGAGCGGGCCAUCAACGAGUUCUUCCGCACCGAGGGCGCCGAGAAGGUCCAGAAGGCCCUGGAGAUCGCCCGUCACAUUCCCAUCAUCACCUCGGCCAAGACAAUGGAACUGGCCAAGGUCACCCAGUACAGAACCAAGGAGUUUGCGCGGCACAUGGAGGAGCUGGCCCGCAGCAUCCCCUUGCCGCCGCUAUUAAGCAACUGCCGCGGCGGCGCCGGCGCGUCGGGCACCGCCGAGCCCCCGGAAAGCGAGAGGGGAGCGGUCGGGUUGAUGGCAGGGGAAGAGCGAGGAAGUCAGGUAGCAGACAUGGAGGUGUCCGUUCACUCGCCAUGACGGACGGUGAAGACUGGACUCAAAAUAUUACUUUUUUCUAUAGUACUGUCUCC